UCCAGUAGAAAGCCGCUCACCUAGGAGCGUGUUCAGUGUUGAGAAAUACAAUGUUGUGCUAGCUAGCUCGGUGUUAGCAAGCUCAGCAAGUUUGCUAGUACAGUUGUCCUGGCCGCUGGGCUGCUGAUGAGGACGAUAACGAUGGGAUUUACAGAGAGCUGAGACUUUGCAAGCAUGGAUGUGGUGUCACCAGAGCUUAACAGCCUCCUUCCUGAUGAGAUCAUGGAUACUGAGGCCAUAGAGGAUGUCCCUCAGUCCCAACCUGAAAGCACCACAUCCCAGUCAGAGCCCAGCGAUGACACAUCGAUCCCAAUGGAAACGGAUACACCCAUGGCCUCAGAGAAUUUGGGCCUUUGCUCAGACGCAACUUCAACAGAACAUACUCGGGCUCUGACCACAUCCACAGCUACAGACUCCCCACUGAGCAUCAGCCCUGGAAGUCAGCUUCCUAUCUCAAUUUCCAGUACAUCCUCGCCCAUUCUCACCCUCAAACCAACCUUGGCUACUUCCACAGCCACAACUAAAACUACAGAUAGCGUAACUGGGACUAGUGUCACUACGAGUGGGUUACAGAAGCUCACGGCUCCGUUCACCAUCUCUGCUGCAAACCACCAGAUUAUUCUCAACAAGGUGGCCUCAUCUCAAGCCACAGAGGCAGCAAAGUCUGCAGGCACUCCACCCCAGGUCAUCAAGCAGGAAGGACAAAAACUUUUGGUCACAGCAAUAGGAAAGUCGGGGCAGCCUAUAGUGCUUCAGUUACCCCACACAGGUAACAAGCCUGGCAUCUCACAGACUGCAGCAGACACCAAGUCUCCAGCUCCACAGUUUAAAGUGGUGACUAUUGGUGGGAGGUCGGACUUGAAGCCAGUGGUGGGGAGUGUUGGGAACCAGGUGACCACAUUACAGGCCCAGCAGCUGAAGACUGUACAGAUUGCCAAGAAAACACCAGCAUCUUCAGCUGCACCUAUCAAGUUUAUCAUCACAAAAACUGUUAACAGCAAAACUCUAAGUCCGCAGACAUCAGUACCUCCUGUAAUUGCAGGACGGGUCCUGACUCAGAGUUCACCAGUGAUUCCUCCGAGGACCAUAAACCUCUCUGAGCCACACAACACUAGUAUACAAAGCCUUCCGGGCAAAAAGAUUGCUAUUUCACCCCUAAAGACUCCCAGCAAGGUGACUGUAGUGUCUGUGGCCUCCCCGACCUCCAACGCCUCUCAGAAAUCAGUAGCGCUGCCUGUCAAUGUAGCACUUGGUCAGCAGAUCCUCACAGUCCAGCAGUCCACAUCUGCAUCUCCAGUCAAAGUGGCCACCAGUCAAAGUGCAGCACAGAAUAUUAAACCUGUGCAGUCUGUGGCUGUGGGAGGAGUGGGCGGUUCCCAGUUUAAGACCAUCAUCCCGUUGGCUACCCAGCCCAAUGUGCAGCAGAUUCAGGUGCCAGGAAGCAGGUUCCAUUAUGUUCGUCUUGUCACAGCAACCACGGCGAGCAGCACAGGACAGCCCAGCGGUCCCAGCACCAGCUCCAUACAGACAGCUAAACCCAUGGUGGUCAGUACAGGAGCAGUCAGGAUGUCUGUCCCAAUUGUCCCACCACAGACCAUGAAGCAGGUGGCUCCUAAGCCCUUGACAUCAGCAGCACAAGUAGUAACCACCACUCAGACCCAGCAACGCCUCAUCAUGCCUGCAACUCCACUGCCCCAAAUCCAGCCUAACUUCACUAACCUCCCUCCAGGCACCGUCCUGGCACCAGCUCCUGGAGGCGGGAACGUGGGCUAUGCAGUUGUGCCAGCACAAUAUGUCACACAGCUCCAGCAGUCACCGUUUGUGACACUCGCCAGCAGCUCCAGUUUUCCUGCGUCCGCUGGCAUCCAGACUCAGGCCAGAUUGCCUCUUAAUGGCUUGUCAGCAGCAGAGACAACCUCGAGACCAAGAAAACCAUGCAACUGCACCAAGUCACAGUGUCUCAAGCUAUACUGUGACUGCUUUGCAAAUGGAGAGUUCUGCAAUAACUGUAACUGCAAUAACUGCUUCAAUAACCUGGAACACGAGACGGAACGUCUCAAAGCCAUAAAGACGUGUCUCGACCGAAAUCCAGAGGCCUUCAAACCUAAAAUUGGUAAAGGCAAAGAGGGAGAGGCAGACCGUCGACACAGCAAAGGCUGCAACUGCAAAAGAUCAGGCUGCUUGAAGAAUUACUGCGAGUGCUACGAGGCAAAGAUCAUGUGCUCAUCCAUUUGUAAGUGCAUUGGCUGCAAAAACUUCGAGGAAAGUCCAGAGAGGAAGACGCUGAUGCAUCUGGCCGAUGCAGCAGAAGUGAGAGUACAGCAACAGACUGCAGCCAAAACCAAACUGUCCUCACAGAUCUCAGACCUGCUCAUGAGGACGACGCCUGUUGUUUCAAGUGGAGGCGGGAGGCUGCCAUAUACAUUUGUAACAAAGGAGGUUUUGGAAGCGACGUGCGAGUGUUUGCUGGAACAGGCCAAAAAGGCAGAACAGACUCACCAGCCUCGGGCAGAGGCAGAGAGGAUGAUCUUGGAAGAGUUCGGACAUUGUCUCAUGAGGAUAAUCAGCUCAGCGGGGAAAGCCAAAGCAGACUGUGCCUCUAUCAACUGCUAGGCCAAGCUCUCCUGGCGUUUUCUCUGACCUUUCCCUGGCUGUGGAGGCUGAGACACAAUUUGUUUGCACUCUGUCUCAGACCCCUGGGGCUCCUGUCCUGCAUGGAAACAGGUUGUCUUCGUCAUCAGAAGGUAGAACAAUAACCUCAAGGCAGACAGAUUCCCCCGCCUUAGGCAAGCAGGAAUAAUAAACAUGGAACAGAUUGCACUGUUCACCUCACUGAAGGACAAAUGGACAGAACUGCCUUUCAAGUUGUCAUCACACCCGUCCACGUGGUUGUGAUGGGCAGAAAACAGACUGAGAUAGUGCUAAACAUGAAUUUCAGCAUUCUUUCACUUCCCUUCAAGCCCCUAUCAAAGCUGUUUGUUCUUCCAUUUUUCUGUUUUCCUGUUAUUCUUUCUUAUUUUGAGGUUUUCAAAAAAAAUCGUCUGUAAUUUUUACGUAAUCAGUAUAUUUGUGCUUACGGUAGACAAACAGAACUUGUAUCUUUUAUAUUUAUUUUUAUUGUUAAUCAUUGUGAGCGCUAAUAUUGUGUGGCUUAUAGUGCUGCAGCCUGUUAAUUAACCAAGGCUAAACUAAAUUGUUUCAAAGAAAAUAAGUAGAGGCAAUCUUUGCUUUAAUCCUAAAUGCAAGUGUAAAAUGAAUGCAGUCACACACACAUACACACAUCUAAAAAUACACAGCACUGCUCAGAAUAGUUGAAACAUGGCUACACCGACUGAGGUACACAAUUCUUCUGGUGCUGUCUCAUGUUUUAUUAGUCACAUGCUUACUGUACAUUAAAAACACCAUGAAGUUAAAAAUAGUGACUUAUUAAAAGAUGUUCCUGAUAACUGCUCCUAAUUAGAGGUGAGCAGGCAAAUCCAUAAUGGCAGCAGGACAACGCACAGUCACAAUGCAAAGAUGCUCAGGAACUGCUUGACAAACACAACCAACAGACCAAGAUGUUGCCUCCAAACUCUUCAAAUCCCAAUCUGAUCAAGUAUCCGCAGGAUGCACUGGAACACGUUUAAGCCACCGAGGUUCCACCCCAUCAGGAUCCUUUACCCACGUCCCGAUGUCAGACACCCCAGGAUACCUUCAGAGGUUUAGGUUUCUGUUCCUGAGUAGGGUCUACACAGUAUUGUGCAGGUGGUUUUAAUGUUGUUGCAGAUCGAUGUACAAUGCCUAUAAAAAGUAUUCACCCCCCUUGGAUGUUUCACCCUUUUGUUGCUUUUAUACAUUAAAUCAUGGUCAGCCCAUAUAAUUAGGCUUUUUUUUUUAGAAGAAUUUGCCUCCCCAAAAAAACACAACUUGUCAAUAUCAAAGAGAAAACAGAUUUUUACAAAAUCAUGUCAAUUAAUUAGAAAUAUAUAAGGGAAAGUAAAUGAUUGCAUAAAUAUUCACCCCCUUCAGGUCAGUAUUUAGUAGAUGCGCCUUUGCACUGAGUCUGUCUCAAUCAGCCUGAACAUCUGGACGCUGCAAUUCUCCAUUAUUUACAAAACAACUCGAGCUCUGUCAGGUUGCUCAAGGAUCGGGAGUGAACAGCUCUUUUUAAGCCCAACCCACAAAUUCUCGACUGGAUUAAGAUAUGGGCUUUGACUUGGCCACUCCGGAACAUUCACCUUGGUGUCUUUGAACCAUUUCUGUGUAGUUUUGGCUGUAUGCUUGGGGUCAUUGUCUUGCUGGAAAAUAAAUCUCAAAAGUCGUAGUUC